AGUUUCAUAUGGGUGUUCCCGCGCCCCGUUCUCUCACCGCACUGGUCUUUUUCGUCUGUCCUGGCUCAGUUCAUCAUCGGGCUCGUCAAGGUUGACAGAGCAGAGACCGUCCCGUUUCCAGUGCUGGAGAUCAGGUGGGACUACCUGCGUGCAGGGAACGCGUAGAAGUACCUGUGAGGGCAACAUCUGAAAGACAUCAAUGGAAAACCAUUUUAGUUAUGAGGGCAGUGACAUGUCCACUGAGGACAAUGACUUGGCCUUUCCCUCUCCAGUGAGACUGACUCCACCGGACCAAAGCGUCAUCUAUGACGUGGAGGGGGGGGUGCAGGAACAGCAGGAAGAGGAGAAUGACCCACUUGUGGGGGCCAUCUACAUCCCCAGCGAUUCAGAGGCGUAUCUAAACCGGAACACCAAUGCGACCACGAGAGGGGACGCUCAGGCCUAUGUGGAGCUGAAUGAGCUCCAGGGUAACAUCUGGCAGGAGACUGGGCGCUGGGUGGGCUACGAGGAGAACUUUAACCCGGCAACCGGGAAAUGGGGUCCUUCUCAUGUCUCCCAUCUCACUUUCAAGAGCUUGAUCCAGCUCCGCAAGACCAUGAGCACAGGUGCCGUCAUCUUCGACCUGAAUGCCAGCAGUCUAUCUACCAUAGCUGAGAAGGUGGCCGACGAGCUGCUGAACAAGGAUGAGAUCCGCGCCAGUGAUCGCGACGACCUGCUGAGAGCUCUCCUUAUGAGACGCAGUCAGUCUGAGGAGCCUAUGAUUACUCCCUCAGGAGACAUUCAGAUGCAGACCUUUUCUGUGGCCAAGAAGAGAGACACCUCUGACAACGUGGAGGCCUCAAUUAUCCUCUCAGGUGUCCUGGACAGCCUGCAGAAACCUGUGACGGCCUUUGUGAGGCUAAGUGAUUCCAUGGUGAUGGACUCCUCUCUGGAGUCUCCCAUCCCUGUUCGCUUUGUCUUUGUGCUUGUCGGCCCCAGCCAGAGCGGGGUAGACUACAGUGAAAGCGGCCGUGCCAUGGGUGCUCUGAUGGCUGACUGGGUCUUUUGUCUGGAGGCUUUUUUGGCCCAGACUGAAAAAGAUCUGACCAACGCCAUCGCUGACUUCAUGGACUGCAGCAUUGUCAUCCCCCCCACUGAGAUCCAAGACAAGGCAAUGCUUGAGCCAAUCAUCAAUUUCCAGAAGAAGAUGCUGCGUGACAGACUCCGUCCCAGCGACACCCGUCUUGCCUUUGGUGACAGGAUCACAGUUGAGAAACCUCCAGAGGAGCCACGUGAGGACCCCCUGGCCCGUACAGGCUAUCCCUUCGGUGGGAUGGUGAAGGACCUAAAGCGUCGUUACCGCCACUACAUCAGCGACUACACAGAUGCUCUGAACCCUCAGGUCCUCGCUGCCGUCAUCUUCAUCUACUUCGCUGCCCUCUCUCCGGCCAUCACGUUUGGAGGGCUUCUGGCCGACAAAACUGAAAAAUUGAUGGGCGUGUCAGAGCUUAUGGUCUCCACUAGUCUCCAGGGUGUCAUCUUCUCUCUCAUCGCCGCUCAGCCAGUCCUCGUCAUCGGCUUCUCUGGACCGCUGCUGGUGUUCGAAGAAGCUUUUUACUCUUUCUGCAAGGCCCAGGGCAUUGAGUACAUUGUGGGCCGUAUCUGGGUGGGGAUGUGGCUGAUAGUGAUCGUGGUCAUCAUCGUGGCCGUGGAAGGCAGCUUCCUGGUCCGAUUCAUCUCCCGCUUCACUCAGGAAAUCUUCUCCAUCCUCAUCUCUCUCAUCUUCAUCUAUGAGACGUUCAAUAAGCUCAUCAAGAUCUUCAAAGCCCACCCUCUGAUUCUGAACUACGAUCACCUGAACGACUCAACGGAUAACCCCUUCCAUCCGGUCAUCCUAGAGCACACUGUGAUCGAUCACGAUGGCAACAUCACCUAUCAUGAGAAGGAGCUUGAAAGGGCCUACCCCAACACUGCCCUGCUCUCUAUGUGCCUGAUGUUUGGUUGCUUCUUUAUUGCGUACUUCCUCCGUCAUUUCAAGAAUGGUCACUAUUUCCCGGGCCCUAUCCGUCGUUUGAUUGGAGACUUUGGUGUCCCCAUAGCUAUUUUCUUCAUGAUUGCUGUGGAUAUUAGCAUUGCAGAUGCCUACACCCAGAAACUGGUUGUGCCGAAAGGUAUUGAGGUGACCGACCCUAAAAUCCGAGGCUGGUUCAUCAACCCCUUGGGAGAGAAGAAGCCAUUCCCCAUCUGGAUGAUGGCCGCCUGCUGUGUACCAGCAGUGCUAGUCUUCAUCCUCAUCUUCCUGGAAUCCCAGAUUACCACGCUGAUUGUGAGCAAACCUGAAAGGAAGAUGGUGAAGGGAUCCGGUUUUCACUUCGAUCUGCUCCUCCUGGUCACCAUGGGGGGGCUCUCCUCCAUAUUUGGGGUGCCCUGGCUGAGUGCUGCCACCGUGCGAUCCGUCACCCACGCCAAUGCUCUCACUGUCAUGACCAAGGGACCAAAACCAGAGAUUGAGAAGGUGCUGGAGCAGAGAAUCAGUGGCUUCCUUGUGGCCAUCCUGGUUGGUGUGUCUAUUUUCAUGGAGCCUAUUCUGAAGAUGAUUCCUAUGACCGCCUUGUUCGGCAUCUUCCUCUACAUGGGUAUCACCUCCUUGAGUGGAAUACAGAUGUGGGACAGGAUGCUUCUGCUGAUCACCCCAAAGAAAUACCAUCCAGAUGAAGCCUACGCCACCAGGGUAAAGACACUCCGAAUGCAUCUCUUCACACUCAUCCAGAUUGUGUGCCUGGGUGUUUUGUGGGUGGUAAAGAUUAGUCCCUUCUCCCUGGCGCUGCCUUUCGUUCUCAUCCUCACCAUCCCUCUGCGCAUGUUCAUGACCGGCACGCUCUUCUCUGCCGCAGAAAUGAAAUGCCUGGACGCGGAUGAUGGCAAAGUGACAUUUGAGGAGGAACCGGGGGUAGAUGUGUACGAUGAGUCCCCACUGCCAUAAACAACACCGUAUCAUUAAUGUUUCAUUCACAGUGGAACUUUUAAAUGCACUUAAUGCUUGACUAACAGCAAUUAUAUGAAAUAUCAGGUGCCUUUAUCAAUAUGUAUUCAUUAACAAUUAGAGUUUAAAACUUUUAGGUUUUGUUAUUAUUGUUUAUCUCUAAAAGAAAAUACCUGUCAUUUUGGGAAUUUAUAUAUUGAGCAUAAAUAGCUAUAGUUAUCUUAUGAGCCAGGGAGAAAACAUUUGAUGAAUUUUUAUGGCAAGUAUUUUCAUUUAAGACCUGAGGUAAAUUGAUUUAUAGUAUCCUUUUUCUUUUAGUAUUUACAGUAUAGCUUUAAUGUGACUACAAGUACUGCUCAUGUUACAAUUCCACCUAAAUUUAGGUGGACUUAGUAAAGUCUGAACUAUUCACACUCUACACAAUACACACACACACACGUGAAUCUCAAGAUUGUAAACCUUCCGUUGUCCCAAAUAGUAACCAAAAACGUUUUAAAUUGUGUUACUUGAGUUUGUCUUAUUUUAUGUAUUAGAUGUGUAUGGAAGCAUGUGUAAUGCACUUAGACCUAUGUGUGUAAUUGCUUUCAGUUAUAGGAAGAUAAUUGAUGACGACGUAUAAUCGUUUGAGCUCGCUGUUCUGAGGAUAUAAUCAGGGAUAAAUGUAUGUUAUUAUGCUCAUGCGUUUGUGUGUUUAAGACACUGUACAUGCUUGUUUGGAUUGGAUGAAUUUUCAUUUUAUUAAAAAUAAAAAAAACCAUCAA